UUUGUCAACCCAACCUUGAUAAGGUGGAGAAUAUUUCUGGUCCCUAUUGGAAGCUGAUUAUCACACCUUGCAAACAAACUGAAAAUGGAACGAUUUAUGAAGAUGAAAAAAGUUUUGAUGUGGAUAAAGUUCGUGUUAGUGGUUUUGAUGAGGAGUUCACUGUCAGAUGGAGUAGCACUCUGCUCUCCACCAUGUUUGUUGGUUUCAAAUACAACUGAUAUAGUGGCAGUGGACCAUAGAAAAGGAAAGGUAACCUCAGUGAUUACAGGCCUUACCUGAGCUGUAGCUAUAGACCUUCAUUUCAGCCUGGGGUACAUAUUUUGGAGUGAUACGACGGAAAUGAACAUUAAACGAUUCGGGAUUGAUGUGGAAAGCACGGCUACAGUUAUUAGCAAUAUUGGUGUCUGCUAUGGACUAGCAGUUCAGUGGAGAACAUCUCAGUUGUAUUGGACUGAUAAAACUUAUGAUAUGAUAUCGGUAUCAGACCUGGAUGGAAACAACCAGAGUACUUUAAUCUCUUCGGAGCUAGAAGAACCCAGAGCAAUAGCCCUUGAUCCGGACAGUGAUGCAAUGAUUUGGACAGACUGGGGAAGCACUCCCAGAAUUGAGAAAGCUUCCCUUAGCGGACAGCAAAGAGUCGCCAUUAUAACAACACAACUCUACUGGCCAAAUGGAAUUGACCUAGAUAGGGGAAGCAAAAGAAUCUUUUGGGUAGAUGCCGGCUAUGACAGAGUGGAAUCAGCGGAUUAUAAUGGUAACAACAGGAAAGUCCUAUUUCGGAGUUAUGGCCUGCAUCCAUUCGGAGUGGCGUUGAUUCCUCCUUUUCUGUGCUUUACUGACUGGGUGACAAGUAAGGAGUUCCACAUGCUGGACGCCACGACUGGAGAGGUACUCAGAAGUUUCGGUAUUAAUGGUGGGAAACCUAUGGAAAUUGUUGCGUACGACAGCGGGCGACAACCAACAGCUUCAAGUUCUUGCUCUGUAAACAAUGGAGGAUGCAGUCAUUUCUGUGUUCCUGAGGCGUCGAACCAUAAAUGCGUGUGUCCUACAGGCUUAGCAGUAAAGCAAGAUGGAAAGACGUGUGAAGAAAAAGUAAAGAAGUUUAUCCUUUUUGCUGACGCUGAUGACAAAUCCACAAACAUCGUUUCGCUAGAUGUCAGCUACUUCGUCGCCAAACCACUAUUUAACCAUCUAGGGAAUCACCGCCCUAUUGCCUUGGACUAUGACCCUGCCGAAGAUCGCGUGUACUGGUCGGACGUUGCUCAAGGUCUAAUCCUCAGCGCCUUUGCCAAUGCAACCUCGUUAAAGAUUCUUUUUCGGUGUAACAUCUUCGUUCCUGAUGGUUUAGUUAUUGAUCAUGUGGCACGAAACAUUUACUGGACCGAUACUGGAACUAACAGAAUUGAGGUAGCUCGCCUUGACGGAACUAGUAGGAAAGAAUUGAUCAAUACUGGACUUGACGAGCCAAGAGACAUACUAUUGGAUGAAAGAAAUGGUAUGAUGUAUUGGACGGACUGGGGCGCCAAUCCAAAGGUAGAGAAAGCAGAAAUGGAUGGCUCGGGUAGAAGAUCCAUUAUUACAGGAAAUCUAGCCUGGCCAAACGGACUGACUCUCGAUCAAGCUACAGACCGUUUGUAUUGGGCAGACGCUAAACUAGACACCAUAGAAAUGUCUGAUUUGGAUGGAAGAAACCGACAGAUUGUUUUAUCAUCUUCAGCUGGAAUUCAUCCUUAUGGAUUAACAAUCUAUCAGGGCAUUAUUUACUGGACGGAUUGGAAUACCCAAAGUAUUACAAGUUACAAUGCAACUAGCGGGGAGACGGACGUAAUGAUUUCUGAUCUACAGAAGCCGAUGGACAUUCACGUGUUUGAUCCUUCUUUGAUGUUCUCAGGCUCGCAUUCCUGCUCGCAAAACAAUGGCAUGUGCAGUGAUUUGUGUCUUUUAAAGCCAGGAGGAUACCAUUGUGCAUGUCCAACGGGUGUUGCUCUCAAAGCGGACGGAAAAGAGUGCGACUAUGAUUCGUUCCAAAAGAUAAGCGGUGAAUACUUUUUGCUAUUCGCCGAAGCGGAUCAUGGUGAAAUUUACAGGGUUCCUUUAACAGUGGCGAAUACACCUUGCCAUGCCCUUCAAAUCAACAUUAAUAUCUCCAGGCCCGUGGCUGUCGACUACGACCCAGUAGAGGGUAAGAUCUAUUGGACGGACGUGGCCUUAAAACUAAUAGCAAGAGCAUUUCCAAACGGAUCUUCAGUUGAGGUCAUAGCGCACAUUGACGUGGAAUCGCCGGAUGGCCUUGCAGUAGAUUACAUUGGGAGGAUUCUCUACUGGACUGAUGUUGGAACCAGCAAACUUGAAGUAGCGCAACUAGAUGGAUCAUUUAGAAGAAGCCUGAUCACAACAGGGAUUGAAAAUCCAAGAGCUAUAAUUCUGGAUAUCGCUCAGAGACAAAUGUACUGGAGCGAUUGGGGAUCAUCACCAAAGAUUGAACAAGCCAACAUGGACGGGUCCUCCAGGACAGUUAUUGUAAGCUCUGGCGUUGAGUGGGUUAACGCACUUGCUCUAGACUACCAUAAUAACCUGUUGUAUUGGUGCGAUGCAAAACUUGACAAGAUUGAGAGGGCAAAUCUUCAAGGAAAUAACAGAGAACUAGUUCUAGAUUUGUCUUCUUACAAACAUCACCCCUUUGGGCUUUCUCUUUUUGAUGAAGCUGUGUACUGGUCUGACAGGAACAAUCAAAGUAUUCAUAAGUACAACUUAACUUCUUCACAAAGUGAAGUGUUGGUUUACGGAAUGGGAAGUCCCAUGGAUGUGCAUGUUUAUAAUCAGACAAAAACACUUACAGACUCGACAAGUUGUUCUCAAGUUAAUGGAGGUUGCAGUCAUCUUUGCCUUCCAAAUCCAAUUGGACAUCAAUGUUUUUGUCCAGAGGGAGUUCAGCUCAAGCCUGGCGAUCCUCUCACUUGUGAAGGAGUGAACCGUUGUCAACAGUUGCAUGCCCCGCCGCAUGGAAGUCUAGAGCCCUGCUCUAAUUUGCCAGGACAAACCUGCCAGUUUUCCUGUGAUAAAGGAUACACUUUGACGGGAUCAACAAGUAGAACAUGUAACAGUGAUGGAAGGUGGACAGGAACCCCAACUCAGUGUAACGAUAUUCUUCCUCCAACAUUUGAUGCCCCGUGCCCAGCAAGUCCUUUGAUAGCGUAUGCAGAGCGUGAAAAGUUCUCCGCUGAGGUGAAUUGGACGGUACCAACUGCCAUUGACAACUCAGGACUCAAACCAGUAAUAAACUCUAAUUAUCAUCCACCAAGGAUAUUUCGCCAAGGAACUUACAUAAUUACAUAUUCUGCAGAAGACCAAGCAGGAAACAAAGCCACUUGCAGCUUCACGAUAAAAGUAAUAGUCAUCAAUUGCACAUUGCUGGUGGCAGACCCAGGCAGUCCCUUGCGCAUGAGUAGUUGUGGUAAUCAUUAUGGAGCGCGUUGUGAAUUUUCUUGUGCCAAUGGUUAUCGUUUGAAUGGCUCAUCAGAUGUUACAUGUGUUACCCCAGAUUACAAACCUCCUGCCGUCUGGGACAACCCGAUACCUACCUGUCAAAGUAUUACAUGUCCUUCUCUUCCUCUACCAACAAAUGGAGGUAAGAGGGGCUGCGAGGACACAGUGUCCGAACCUUAUGACACACUCUGCAGUUUUUACUGUAACGAUGGCUACAGUCUGGCUGGAUCGUCUGUUAGGCGAUGUCUAGAGAAUGGGACAUGGAGUGGAGAAACGUCUUCAUGUCUGAUUAUCAGGUGUAGUCCUCUUGUUCCCCCAACCGAUGUUUCAAUUUCUCCAUCGUCUUGCUCAUCAAUAAGUAACUAUGGCCAGACCUGCCGCUUAACUUGCUCUCGACCGGGAUACUCUCCAAAUGGGACCUCAUCGAGAACUUGUGGUAGAGAUGGACAAUGGACAGGUUUAAACGACACACGUUGCACGGAUACAACUCCUCCCUCUUUCAAUAACACUUGUCCAAAGAACAUGAUGGUCUAUACUUCUGAAUGCUCAUCCACUGCUCUAGUGGGUUGGAAUGAACCAAUUGCUGAUGAUAAUUCUGGUCACAUAAUUGCUACUUUCCCUUCCAUUCGACCAUCAGCUCAAUUGAGCAUUGGUCUCUAUCAUAUAUUGUAUUCAGCUUCAGACGCCGAAGGAAACAGAGCUAACUGCACCUUUGUGGUGCAAGUUGCAAGGAAAUAUUGCAUCAAACUGCAGCCACCAUCACAUGGAAAUUUAAGCCUUUCCUGUGGCUUGUCGUUUGGUUCCCAGGCUAAUUUUACUUGUGACAGGGGAUACCAAUUAUUCGGAUCUCGUGAGCGCUUUUGCAAUGAAGACAGCUUCUGGUCAGGAAACAUCACUACAUGUAAAGCUGUUACGUGCUCUGCUCUCCCAAAACCAUCCAAUGGCUCACGGCUGGGCUGUGCAGGGACAACAAUUGAAUACUUCAAUACAGUCUGUUCUUUUUUUUGCCAUCCUGGGUACGACCCAAUCGGCUCUGCUUCAAGAAAGUGCCUUGAAAACGGGACCUGGAGUGGCCAGGACUUUUUUUGCCAAGUCAUAACAUGUCCAAAUUUGAUCGUCCCACCGAAAGGGAUACUGCUGAACUCUCCUUGCGGCAACACGUAUGGUUCAAUUUGUGUAUUUGGCUGUGAAAGUGGCUAUGGAAGCCCUGGCGGAAAUAUCACAAGGACAUGCCUAGGGAGCAGUAUGUGGAGUGGAGAUAACAUCAACUGUACGGAUAUUCUUCCUCCAACAUUUGAUGUCCCGUGCCCAGCAAGUCCUUUGAUAUCAUAUGCAGAGCGAGGAAAGUUCUCCGCUAAGGUGAAUUGGACAUUACCAACUGCCAUUGACAACUCAGGACUCAAACCAGUUAUAAACUCUAAUUACCAUCCACCAAGGAUAUUUCGCCAAGGAACUUACAUAAUUACAUAUUCUGCAGUAGACCAAGCAGGAAACAAAGCCACUUGCAGCUUCACGAUAAAAGUAAUAGUCAUCAAUUGCACAUUGCUGGUGGCAGACCCAGGCAGUCCCUUGCGCAUGAGUAGUUGUGGUAAUCAUUAUGGAGCGCGUUGUGAAUUUUCUUGUGCCAGUGGUUUUCGUUUGAAUGGUUCGUCAGAUGUUAUAUGUGUCACCCCGAAUGACAGACCUCCCGCCGUCUGGGACAACCCGAUACCUACCUGUCAAAGCAUUACAUGUCCUUCUCUUCCUAUACCCACAAACGGAGGUAAGAGGGGCUGCGAGGACACAGUGUCCGAACUUUAUGACACACUCUGCAGUUUUUACUGUAACGAUGGCUACAGUCUGGUGGGAUCGUCUGUCAGGCGUUGUCUAGAGAAUGGGACAUGGAGUGGAGAAACGUCUUUAUGUCUGAUUAUCAGGUGUAGUCCUCUUGUUCCUCCAACCGAUAUUUCAAUUUCUCCAUCGUCUUGCUCAUCAAUAAGUAACUAUGGCCAGAUCUGCCGCUUAACUUGCUCUCGACCGGGAUACUCUCCAAAUGGGACCUUAUCGAGAACUUGUGGUAGCGAUGGACAAUGGACAGGCUUAAACGACACACGUUGCACGGAUACAACUCCUCCCUCUUUCAAUAAUACUUGUCCAAAGAACAUGAUGGUCUAUACUCCUGAAUGCUCAUCCAUUGCUCUAGUGGGGUGGAAUGAACCAAUUGCUGAUGAUAAUUCUGGUCACAUAAUUGCAACUUUUCCAUCCAUUCGACCAUCAGCUCAAUUGAGCAUUGGUCUCUAUCAUAUGAUGUAUUCAGCUUCAGACGCCCAAGGAAACAGAGCUAACUGCACCUUUGUGGUGCAAGUUGGAAGGAAAUAUUGCAUCAAACUGCAGCCACCAUCACAUGGAAAUUUAAGCCUUUCCUGUGGCUUCUCGUUUGGUUCCCAGGCUAAUUUUACUUGUGACAGGGGACAUCAAUUAUUCGGAUCUCGUGAACGCUUUUGCGAAAAAGACGGCUCCUGGUCAGGAAACAUCACUACAUGUAACGUUGUGAAAUGCCAAGCUAUCAAGCCUCCAUCUCAUGGAGCCGUUUCUCCAAAUCAGUGCAGAUCAGCUUCUGGUGUUCCUUAUGAAACCCACUGCUUCUUAUCAUGCGGCAAUACACCUGGUUACCAGCUGGAAGGUGAAAGUACAGUGUCUUGCCUUGAAAGUGGAUCGUGGAGUGCAGAUGCUACAAAGACGAUUUGCAAGGACGUUCAACCCCCCAGCAUCCAAUGCCCACCUAACCAAGAGCUACCCACAGAAACUGGCCAAGCAUAUGCAAUAGUGACGUGGGAGAUACCAGUUCCCUCCGACAACUCCAACAUGUCAUUAAGUCUCAAAGGUCUGCGCCCUCCACAACUGUUCUAUGCUGGCAGAGAUUAUGUUAGAUAUGAAGUUACAGACAGCGCUGGGUUGUCAACAAGCUGUACAUUUUCUAUUCACGUCAAAGAUGUGGAGCCUCCGGUCAUUUCUUGCCCUGACGAUAUCUUCCUUUCGACUGGAAACAAAGAUAAUAUGAUCUUUUUUCCUGGACUCGCUACAUCGGAUAAUGUGGGCGUCUUCUCCAUUAUACCCAGCAGACCAAAUGGAAGCGAGUUCACCUGGGGCGAGCACCAUGUAACUUUUACUGUCACAGAUAAAGCAGGAAAUGUUGCCGAAUGCAAUUUCAAAGUUAUUAUUACCGAUGAAUCAUGCCCUGACUUAGCACCACCUGAAAAUGAUGCCAAAGCUUGCGAGACGUGGCUGGCCGGGGUGUCGUGCACCGUGCAUUGCAAUAAAGGCUAUGGGUUCGUUAAUCAACCGGAAGACGUGUAUUUCUGUGCUCCAGGUGGAACAUGGGUGAACGCAUAUGAAAAUGGCCAAAGAGCACGUAAGUUUCCAGACUGCUCAAAGACGUACAUGCCGAAAGAGGCCAUAGUGAAUGGAAACCUCCAUUAUCUAGUUGAUGAGUGCGGCGACGAAUCAGUGAACGAAGUUAUAGCCAGCACCUUUAUAGAGCUAUUCCAAAACUCAGCUUUUGGAAUGGCUGGAGGCUGUGAUGGUCAAUGCACCAUCGAUAAUGUCGAAGUAGAAUGUGGAAAAACAGGGACGCGUAGGAGAAGAGAAACGCCCAAUGUUCCUCUUACGGUGCGUUUUGCCUUGAAAGUUCCUCUUCCAACCAACGCUUCCUUGGUUGACCUGAAUCAAACUGCCGAACUACUGUCCAAUAACUUAUUAUCAACUUUAAACGAAACUGACCUGAAUCUGAAUAUCAGUGGAAUUGUCAUAGAGUAUGACACCUCGAGACCACCGCAGCUUCGCCUUGUAAGUCUUGUUUGUGGCAAAGGACAAGUGCAAAGAGGGACACAGUGUGUUAACUGCCCACUUGGGUUUUACUUUAACAACACCGAUUGUCACGCAUGCCCAGCAGACCAAUACCAGGACCAAGAAGCAGAAAGCUCCUGUAUGUUGUGUCCACCUGGCAGAGUAACCUUUGGAAAAAUAGGAUCCAAACGGCGAGAGAACUGCCAAGAAAUUCCAAGUAUGUCCAGUACUGAUAAAGAACACGGCUUAAAGCCCGUAAUUCUUUAUUCAAGUGUUGCAGCAGGAUCUCUAGUGUUUAUUAUUUUCCUGAUUAUCAUGACCAUCUUCUGCGCAAAGAAAUAUUGUCGAGCCAAGCGCAGAGCAACCCCAAGCCGGGGUAUUGACAUGGGAUAUCGCAAUCCUGUAUUCGAAGUUGCUAAAGAUAACCCCGAGGUCGAUGAGCCUGUCUAUAUGGAGAUCGAUGUUUCAAAACUAUCUGACAGGAAUGGUUUUCCGUCGGACAACAAUACGUACUACCUCGCUCUAAGUGACGUACAUCACAACGUUUACGAAAGACUUGAUUUCAGUUACUCCGAGGCAUGAAAGAUCCAGAGAGGAAUGGUGUUUUUGUACAUAUCGCCUUAAUAGGAAAAGGUACUAUCCAUAGGGACAUAGAUCGAUGUAAUUUGAAAAUACGCACACCAAUUCCUUUUGUGACCUGUUUUGGAGACACUCAAAGGAACGUGUGUAUUUAAAAAUCAUUAGUUUACUCACAAAAACAGUUUAUGAUCUAGUACCACGGAUAACUAUAGAAACUGUAACGGAAGCAAGCCUUAAUUACAACUUUCUUAGUCAAUUUUUUUUGUUAUUUCUACUGCACUACCAUGCAAAAAUAACCCCACAACAAUAUUCGCAUAUUUUAAGCAAUGUUUAAAAAUGUAUAUGUAUUCAAGACAGCAAAAGAUCGAUUGCGAGUCGAAGCGUGACGAAAUGGGUUUAAACAGGCAGAGAAUUUGUUUUAUUUCAUGAGACUUAAGCUGGCUAAAAAACAAUGAAUUGGUGAGAAUAUUUUUAGUUUAGAUGGAACUAAUCAUGCUCAAGCAGGUUAAGGUAUGGCUCAAGUCCUAACUGCAUAAGUAAGAAGUAGAUGCUAAAACGGAGAGAUGCAAAGGGAAAGAAAACGGAUGUGGUAUUUUCAUUAAGUUUUUUUUCCAUAUGCUUUGAUAACCCCUCUUUUGAAUUUUUCCCAAAAAUGGGAAGUUCUUGAGAGGCAAGUUUUCUUCAAUCUACUUAUUGAUUUGUCUACGACCUUAUCUCUCGUGUCAAUAAAUUGUCGACUUUUAAAAUAAAGUUCAAGUUAGAUAUGAUAAAUAUCUCCGGGAUUUACUAUCUUAGGUUUCCAUUCCGGGAUUGAACAGGAGUUUGAAUCUCGACGGUGGUGAUGAACCUUUUAGAGUCGUUAAGGAUACGAGCUUGAAUGUAUUCUUGAAUAAAAAAAGAAUUAAACUUCAGUCCUGGAAAGAUUUUUCGUUA